AAAUAGUGAUUUGUUUGCGGCAUUUUUCUACAAGCUAAGAAAAGUAGUAAAUGGCUGUGUAGAAAUUAAAUUAGUUGGACUGAUCGGUGAAAAUAUAAUGGAAUCGAGCAAUGAGCAAGCAUCAGGAAUUGUCGAGGCAAAUCUCAACAAUGAGCAGGAGCACAAUGACGAGGGCAUGGAAGAAACGGAGGAUUAUAGUUUCGAUGGAGAAGAAUAUCGGCACUUCGUACCGCGAGGAAGAGGUAGCUUCAGGGGUCGUGGCAGAGGUGGUUUUGAUUUCCCGAUGAGAGGCGGUCCUCCAAGGUUUCGAGGAAGAGGCUUUGGUCCAAGGGGUCCGAUGUUCCGCGGGGCUAACAAUGGAUAUCCGUUUGAGGGUCCACCACGACCAAACUGUCCACCUGGUCCAGCCGGUCCAAGGUUUAGAGGGCCUCCACCAUUUGAUCCAAGCUGGGGACCUAUGGGACCACCUAACAUAAUGGGACCACCGAAUCUUAUGGGACCACCAGGAAUGCCACCACCGCAUAUGAUGAAUGGUCCCAUUGGGACAGGACCGGGACCAUAUGGGCCACCUCCUGGAAUGGGACCACCCAAUAUGAAUAGCAUUCCAGGUCAACAACAAAACCAGCAGCAACAGAGUCAACCGCAAGCAAACAUUCCAGGGCUUGACCUUAAUGGGGAAGUUUGGGUAGAAACUAAAACACCAGAUGGGAAGUCAUAUUAUUAUAAUAUUCGAUCUAGAGAGACAACAUGGACGAAGCCGGAAGGAUCGAAUGUAAAGGUCAUGGUGCAAGAUCAGCUAGAACAGUUAGUGCAUGGGGCAUCAAAGCAAACAGCCCGUGCUACCACUCCUACUUCCACACCUACUACUCCAACACAAGUUAAUGAAAAUAGAGUAUCUCAAAGUAAUGAACAGUCGUCCUCCAAUAAUGCUGAUGCAUUGAAUCAAAUGAGUACCGCACCUCCAGGUACAGGACCACCACCUUCUCUAAAUGAUGCUCCAGAUGUCAAUGCACAAACGUCAGAUACAAGUCAAACUAAUGGAUCAGUACCUGCAACAGUUGCAAAUGCACCAACGAUAAAUACAUCAACAAUAAAUACGAAUAUAAUGCAGCCACCACCAAAUAUGAUGCCGAUGCAACAUAGAAUGCCCAAUCAGUUUGGUGGUCCAAUUCCGACUCAAUUUGGUACAGCUCCAUUUGGUAUGCCACCACCAGGAUUUCAACCAUUUGGUGGUUAUGGUCCACCACAGACAAACUGGGGUAUGCCACAAAUGCCACACGGUGUAAUGACUUCCCAAACUCCUGCUGAAGAUCCAGCUAUAUUAGCACAACUUGAUUCUGAAUUAGUUGCAUCAGCCAUGAUUUGGACAGAGCACCGUGCUCCAGAUGGUAGAUUAUAUUAUUAUAAUAGUAAAGCAGGAGAAUCUGUGUGGGAAAAGCCACAGGCAUUGAAAGACUUAGAAAAUGCGAAAUUAGCACUUCGACAAAAAGCAGAAGAAGUAUCAACUACAACUUCUACCACUACUGCAACUACCUCCAGUACCAGUAAUAACAAAAGUCCUGAAGUUAAUAAGCAAGAGAUCAAACAAGAGAGCACUCAUGAUACCAAAGAUAAUGCAAAAGAAGCUGAGACUAAACCCAAGAAAGAAGAGACAUCUUCGAAGGAAGCAAUUAAACCUCAGGAUAAAUCUAGACCAAUUUCCAGUACACCCGUACCAGGAACACCAUGGUGUGUCGUAUGGACUGGCGAUGGACGCGUCUUUUUUUAUAAUCCCUCGUCAAGAAUUUCUGUUUGGGAAAGACCGGACGAUCUUAUCGGCCGUCAAGACGUAGAUAAGAUGACAUCUACGCCACCAGAUGCAGUUGGAACACCGAAACCAGUACGCCAAUCGGAUACAAGUGAAAGUAGCGAUGAUGAUCAACCAACUCCAGCUAAGAAAAUUAAACAAGAAGAGCCUAAACCUGUUACCGUAAAAGAGGAAGAGGACAAGGAUGGUAAGAAAACGAUCGACAUUGGAAAGGAAGCAGCGAUCGAAGCUGAAGUGAGGGCAGCCAGAGAAAGGGCUAUUGUUCCGUUGGAAACUAGGAUUAAAUCGUUUAGAGAUAUGCUUGCAGAGAAGGAUGUAUCAGCAUUUAGCACGUGGGAGAAAGAGCUUCAUAAAAUCGUGUUCGAUCCUCGUUAUUUGCUUUUAACAUCCAAAGAAAGGAAGCAGGUUUUUGAAAAGUAUGUGAAAGAAAGAGCGGAGGAAGAGAGACGCGAGAAAAGAAACAAAAUGAAAGAACGUAAAGAACAGUUUCAAAAACUUUUGGAAGAAGCUAAUCUUCAUGGAAAAUCAUCGUUUAGUGAUUUUGCACAAAAGCAUGGACGUGACGAACGAUUUAAGAAUGUGGAAAAGAUGCGUGAACGGGAAAGCCUCUUCAACGAGUAUCUCCUGGAAGUCCGAAAAAGGGAAAAAGAGGAGAAAACCGCCAAGCGAGAGCAGGUGAAAAAGGAAUUCAUAGCAAUGCUACGUGAGCACAAAGACAUUGACAGACAUUCGCACUGGAGUGACUGUAAGAAAAAAUUGGAAUCUGAUUGGAGGUACAGAGUCGUAGAAUCAGCAACCACUAGAGAAGAUUGGUUUAGAGACUAUAUUCGUAUUCUGAAGGAGGAAAGGAAAAAGGAAAAGGAAAAAGAUAAAGAUCAUCGGCACAGAGAUAAAGACCACCAUAAAUCUGAGAAGAAGGACAGGGACCGGAAGGAUGUGGAUAAGUAUAAAGAAAAAUCUAAGGACAAAUCUGAUAAGGAUAAUAAGGAAAAGAAACAAAGACGGACAGAUACUGGAACUGAAGAAAAUGGCAAGGAGAAAAAGGAAAUUGUUGAGAAGGAAAGCGGAGAAUUAGAAGAAAGUGACGAAAAGAAUACGAAAAAAGAAAAUGAUAAGGAAGAAGGAGAUGAUCAUUCCGAUUCCGAGGAAGAUCGCGAGAAACAGAAACGAGAACGUGAAAGAAGAGCAGAAGCAAGUUUACGAGAAAGAGAAAGAGAGGUACAGAGAACAUUGGCUACACAUCUUCGAGAUCGCGAUAAAGAAAGACAGCAUCAUCGCCAUACGGAAGCUGUUCAACAUUUCAGUGCACUUCUUGCUGAUCUGGUGAGAAACGGUGACCUUGCGUGGCGAGAAGCAAAACGACAAUUAAGGAAGGAUCAUAGAUGGGAAUUAGCGGAGAGUUUAGAUCGUGAGGAAAAGGAACGAUUGUUCAAUGAACACAUCGAACAGCUUGGUCGAAAAAAGCGAGAUAAAUUUAGAGAGGUUUUAGACGAAGUAGGUGCUUCGACCGAACUCACAGCAUCUUGGAGAGAUAUUAAAAAAUUGUUAAAAGAUGAUCCUAGAUAUAUUAAAUUUUCAUCCAGCGAUCGGAAAUGUGAAAAAGAAUUUAAAGAAUACAUAAAGGAUAAACUUGUUGCUGCUAAGGCAGAUUUUAGAGAACUCCUGCAGGAGACAAAGUUGAUUACCGAUAAGACGUACAAAAAGGUGCAAGAAAAUAGUGCUUGCUUAGCCGAAAUCGAAGAAAUUUUGAGGAAGGAUCGACGUUUUCUUGUAUUAGAAGCAGCAGCUGCUGAACGAACGCGACUGUUGAUGGGAUAUUUGGAAGAAUUAGCCCGAAGAGGACCACCUCCACCUCCCACAGCGUCUGAACCAUCAAGAAGACCAACCACGAAUUAAAGCAUUUGAAUCAACAAGUGAAAACAUAAAUGUGGUGCCCAAAAAGAAAAUGAGUUAUUGAAUCUAUUGCUAUAGUUGGAUUGAAGUACUUUACACGCAAGGUGAUAAUCGUAUGUAAUUAUAGGUAUCAAUAAAAUAACACCAAUUCCACACAGUUAAACGUGUGCCGUGUUAUACAGAGUACUAAGUUACGAUCUGACUUAUUCGUUGAGAAUCAUAUAAGGCAAAAAAGUGUAUUAUGAAAAUAAAUACAUAGGUAUUUAUUACAUUGUCAGAUUUAAGAUCCAUUUAAGAUUGUCCGGUUUACAAUACUUAUAGUGCAAAAUAUGCUUUUAUAAUUCUUUUAUAUAAAUUUUCAUGUGUAAAGGCAAAACUCUAGAAUGCAUGAGAUGAACAUUCAACUCAGCUGUGUGCGUUUGAAAUUGUGUAACUGAUGAUAAGUUAUUAAUUAUUUAUGUUAGAAAAUAAUUUCCUUAACGAGACGUGUACCAUAAGGCAAUUUAUGACAAUCAGAUGAGGUAUAUUUUUUAGACGCACGAUUAUAGAAGAUCUUUCGAAAGUUAAGUUAUUUGAACCAGUUAUACAAACACAGCGUAAUAAAUGUAAGUAUAUGAUAAAAAAGAAGGAACCGACUAGAAUAUAAUCUGAUGCUCUACGAUAGUUCAUAUUCCUCUCCAUACUUGAUGUUAUAGGAAUGCGUUACAUACUUGUCCUGUUAAAUACGAAGAUAUCGAAAGUUUCCACGAACAAUUGCUUCUGUAUAUUAAUCAUUAUCAACAAGCUAAACCAAGAAAGACAACAAGAAUUUAUAUCAAAUUCAUGAGUAUGGUAACCGAGAAAUUGUAAAGCGUAUAAUACCCAUUGUAGAGUUGUAUCAAGAGACAGUAUAUUGUUGUAUUUUCUCAGUAUACUCCACAUAAAAUUCUAUAUUAUGAAAAUGAUUUUAAUUAUAUUUGCAUUAGUUCAA